AUGGCCCUUGUUGGCUUUUUAACCUUUGGAUUAACUCAAGUCCUCUGCUCUCGUCCACCCCUUAGCUUUCACACAAUUGGUGAAGGCUAUAUCAUUGUUCAUGGUUGGGCAUACCUACUAGCUUCAUGGAACCAACAUCCACCCAUACCUAACAGUAAUGAAACUCACUUAAACGUCAUCUAUGAACCUAUCUUGGCUAGUCGAAAGGAUGCCUCAUUUCUAUUUCAAAAUAUGCAAGGAGGAUGCUCAGAUGUGAUUGUACCUAGAGAGCCACAACUUGCUUACUUUCCUUGUCAAUUAUUUGAUCAUCAAUUCAUCCCAAGCGCUAUGACUUUUAACGAUCAUACAUCUUGCCACAAUGUGAAGAAAACUUCCAAGUUUUUUGAAGAUCUUAGAGAACAUGGAAUACUUAAUUCUGAAGGGAAUUAUGAUAAAGGGGGAAGAGUUUCUUAUUAUUGGAAUGAUAUUAAUACCACUUCACAUCUUGCAGUCUAUAAUAAUUAUGUUUUGAAUUUAAAUUUACUUUCAGCAUUACCUCAAUCACUCUUUGUUUUGCCUCAUGAGGGUCUCAUCGAAAGUAUCUUGAAAAAUGUGAGUAUAUUUGGUGGACAAGAUAUUACACAUACUGUUUACCGUAAUACAACUUGGAAACAAGAGGCUGAAUGUCUCUUAGAGAUCAUUAAAGUUGGAGAAAUGGAUACAGAAAACUUUGGAUGUCUUGUAUCGGAUGUUAUCCUUUAUACCUCACUCAUAGUCAUUUUGGGUGUCAUUUUGAUUAAAUUUGGUUUAGCUGUCAUCUUUGGCUGGUUCCUAUCUUGGAAAUUGGGCAACUUCAAGCCACAAAGCUAUAAGGACCGUAUGCAGCGUGAUCGCGACAUUGAAGACUGGACAAAGAACAUGCAAGUCGCUGUAACAAACCCUUAUUUGGAUCUGGCGAUACACAAAAAACGAACCAUCAUGCCACGUAAGUCUCGAUUUACUUUACCUGAUACAGGAUCCAUGCAUUUUAAUGCUGAUCGAACAACAACCAGUAUAUGGAAACAUGCAAAUUCAUCGCGUAUCUUUGCAAAUGGCUCAGGGAUCUUAACCCUACGUCCUACUCUAUCCACAACAGAGUUUAGUGUUUCUCAGAAUAAUUCAAGACAGUCAACAGACACAUCCAAUUCACAACAAACAACCCAUUGUCCGUACGGAAUAUCCUCUUUUGUACCUCAACUUACCCCUAUUACUGCAACUGCUAAUUCUUCUUCUACUACUACUACUACAACAACAAAUCUAGCUCAUACUAUAUGUCUAGUUACAUGUUAUUCGGAAGGCGAAGAAGGUCUUCGGACUACUUUGGAUAGUAUUGCUACUACUGACUUUCCUAACUCUCACAAGCUUAUUUUGGUUAUUGCUGAUGGACUCAUUAUCGGUCAUGGUAACGCCCUUUCGACCCCCGAUAUUUGUCUUUCUCUCAUGUCGAACUUUUUAGUGGAUCCAGCCAAGGUAGAAGCUGCCUCCUAUGUAGCCAUCGCAGAUGGUACGAAACGACACAACAUGGCCAAAAUUUAUGCGGGCUUCUAUAAGCAGGUUCCAAUGCUUACGAUCGUCAAGUGUGGGACAGCCAGUGAAGAAUCGGAAGCAAAGCCAGGUAAUCGAGGUAAACGGGACUCUCAAGUCAUCUUGAUGUCAUUCUUACAAAAGGUGAUGUUUGACGAACGCAUGACAGCACUUGAAUAUGAAAUGUUCGUAAACUGGUGGCGUAUCACGGGCGUCAGCCCUGAUCGUUAUGAGAUUGUCUUGAUGGUAGAUGCAGAUACCAAAAUUUAUACAGAUAGUCUAUCGAAACUUGUGAGUUGUAUGGUCAAUGACCCAGACGUGAUGGGUCUAUGUGGAGAAACAAAGAUUGGUAAUAAAUGUGAUAGUUGGGUCUCCAUGAUACAAGUCUUUGAAUAUUAUAUCUCUCAUCAUCAAUCCAAGGCAUUUGAAUCUAUCUUUGGUGGUGUGACAUGUUUACCAGGCUGUUUCUGUAUGUAUCGAAUAAAGGCCCCCAAGGGGACCCAGGGCCAUUGGGUACCUAUUCUAGCUAACCCUGAUAUUAUUGAACGAUACUCUGAAAACGUGGUUGACACACUUCACAAAAAGAACUUAUUAUUAUUAGGUGAGGAUAGAUAUCUAUCUACUUUAAUGCUCAAAACUUUUCCACGACGCAAGAUGUUAUUUGUGCCUCAGGCAGUUUGCAAGACGGUGGUACCGGAUACCUUCACGGUUCUAUUAUCACAACGUCGUCGAUGGAUCAACUCAACGAUUCACAACUUGAUGGAACUAGUGCUUGUAAAGGAUCUCUGUGGGACCUUUUGCUUUUCGAUGCAGUUUGUCGUCUUUAUGGAAUUAGUGGGUACCUUAGCACUACCAGCUGCUAUUAGUUUUACCAUGUAUUUGAUAGUCUUGGCCAUCUUGGGAGAACCCGCGAUUCUUUCGCUUAUCUUGUUAGCCUUGAUCUUGGGUUUGCCUGCAGUCUUGAUUGUGAUGACGAGCCGUAAGUGGGUCUAUGUAGGAUGGAUGGUGAUCUAUUUAUUUAGUUUGCCUGUUUGGAAUUUCGUACUACCAGUUUAUGCCUACUGGCACUUUGAUGAUUUUACUUGGGGGGAGACACGUAAGGUUGAGGGUGAUACGAAUAAAGGACAUGGAGAUAAAGAAGGUGAGUUUGAUUCAUCUCAAAUUACAAUGAAGAAAUGGAGUGAAUUUGAAAGGGAACGUAAAUUAAAAGAAGCGGAGGAACGUUCAAGAGCCAUGUUUAAAGAAAUGGUAGCAGCAGCUCCAACUCGUUUAUCAUUUGAAUUAGAUCGAUCUACAUUAACCACAUUGAUCGAAUCAAGUUUAGGAACAAUUCAGAAUAGUUCAUCGCAAGAAGAGAGCUUAGACAAUGAAAUUUGGCAGUGGAGAAAAAGCUUAGAUGUAAUGUCGUCAACAAAUGAUAGUUGGAAACAAAGCAUUUUGGAUACCAUUCAGAAAUAG